AUGUCAGUGUAUGCUCUCGUCCGGGGCCUCUCUGCAAUAAUCUUUGCUCCGGUAGUCGGGUUAUAUAUCGAUGUGGGUAAUCGUCUUCAAGUCGUGAGAGUGUCAAUUGUGUUUCAGAGACUCGCUGUCGCUGGCUCAUGCACAAUUUUUUAUGUUCUAGCUGCCAAUUUACCACUUGGACCCAGCGGAAGGGCAGGAAUGCUCGUACUAGUGACGUUUUUCGCAUGUAUCGAGAAGUUAUGCUCAAUAAUGAAUUUGGUGUCCGUGGAAAAGGAUUGGGUUGUGGUUAUAGCCGAAAACGAUCCGGAAGCACUGAGUCUUAUUAACUCACAAAUGAGGCGCAUAGACCUGCUUUGCAAGUUAUUUGGGCCAUUAUUUAUCGCUCUAAUCGAUGGUUAUUCCUCCAAGGUAGCCAUUAUCGUCAACUUUGGCAUGAAUGCUGCGUCUGUAAUUAUUGAGUACUUUGCCAUUGCUAGGGUUUAUGACGAAGUUCCACAGCUGCAGGAGGCAAAGUCGCGGCAGCCGAAUCUACCAACAACUGAAUCAACAGGGGCCCGAAGCGGAAUUGUGAGCACGAUUUGGCAGAAAUUGACGGGUAUUGUCAAGAAGUCCGGCCAGGACUUCUAUUUCUACUUCAAUCAUCGCGCUUUUCUACCGUCUAUUGCUGGAGCAGUACUAUAUCUCACAGUGCUUAGCUUUGCUGGCCAGAUGGUCACAUACUUGCUUUCUAUUGGCUACAGCUCGACGCAAAUUGGUAUCGCUAGAACAUUAAGUGUGGUAUUCGAGGUCUUGGCCACAUGGGUAGCGCCUUCCCUGAUGGGACGAAUUGGGGUAAUCAGAGCCGGCCUCUGGCUAAGCACCUGGCAAAUCACCAUGCUUAUUACGGGAAUUUCCGUGUUUUGGAUCUUUGAGGCAAAUUCUCUUAUCUCCGCAAGCGGGCUGGUUGGCGGCACCAUACUUAGUCGCUUAGGCCUCCGUGGAUUUGAUCUGUGCGUUCAGUUUAUUGUUCAAGAGGUAAGACAUAGUAUUCUCGUUCUGUUAUUCCUACUCGAUCGCAUGGAGUUUGCCUAG